AUGGUCAGAGUGUGGUACACAGUUCUCGUAGUGAGUUGCGCCGUGCUCCAGAAUGUGCGUGCAGAGCCCAGGCCAGAUUUCGGCGCGAAGGGAACUAUAGUGAACAGUGGCACCAUUGCGAUGUAUGCGAACGUCACCAACACUGGACUGCUGACAGCAGACGACAAGAAUGGGCUCAAGUUGCUCACGAACUACACACUGUUCACCACCAUUUUGCCGUUAAUGGAAUCGCUUGGAACUAAGGUAGCCACGUUGGGAUCGACGGCAGCCACUGCGAUCGUUGUAGCCGCACCUGACGACACUAAAGGCAUCAAUGCCGUCUUCAAUAGCAUGUACAACGCCAUAACUCCCUUCAAAAGCUUUCUUAACACGCAAGUACCCUCCACAAAAACGCAGCUAAUCGGUCUAGUAGGAACAGACAUUAACUAUCUGUUUGGUGAUGCGUUCACAAAUAUGUACAAUGCUGUCGUUCAGGUGGAAACGCAAUUGAAAUCAUUUCAAGGCGAUGUCGCCGACGCAAGGUACCAAAAUGGUCAGACCAGAGUGAGACCAAGCAGCGUGCUCGCGAUGCAGACUGAAGUAAUGGACUGGUCGGCCACUACCGAAGCGGUCCGUAACACUAUACACACCUCAAUAGAUAAUAUCAGGCUGGCAGACGCAUUUCUGUACCGUUUGAAUAACCUUUCGAGAGUAUUGAACGGUGACCUGGACGUCUACUAUACACGCUUCCGGACUAAUGAAACCUCGCUCGGUACUCAGCUGCAAUUGUUGGUGAAUGCGAUGAAAACUCGCGUCCAAACUAGCCACUCUCCAAUGCUACAGUACCUACCGAACCACACGGCUGCACUGAGCGGAACGAUUGCACAGUUCAACACCUCGUACACCAAGCUGAUCGGGAUACCGGCCAUGUUGUCGAGUGACGUUUUUCCGGGUUAUUUCAACAAAUCUUACGCGUACAUUACUGAGUUCAAGCAACUGUUAAACCCGCUGGAUUACGGAUCCAUCACCUUAGUAAUCGAGGUACUGGUCGCUAGUGGGCAACAUUCGACCAAGUGCUUUAACAAAUACUUCCCACUGAUCGAGAACGCGUUCGCACUGUUGGCCUACGGGGUGGAAGUGUGCUUCAACAUCGAGGUAACACGCACCUUCAAUAUCGUCAACCUUUUCAGCGACAUGCUCGAUCAAACCGUGUACGAUCUGGAUGAUUUCUAUCUCAACUUUCCCACCUGCGAAUGGUCUCCCACCCCGGGGAUCUGCCAAACUUCUGUGUUUGGAGCAUACUAUUCCGCACUAACAACGGCGUACGCCGGUAAGGUCGCAGAAAUUGAAAAAAUCCUUAAAACGGAGGCCACUGCUAGCUCCAACCGCCUUGGAAGCUGCGUGCAAACCAGAAAGGCGAAGAACCGGGCCACCCUACAAAAUAUGGCGAAUGAGAUUGCAUUGUGCCGCGUUAAUGGAGUUGCUCCAUAG